UGGGGAGGAGCAGUCCGAGCAGCCAAAAGGGAGGAAAAAAUGUGAAGGGUGAAAAAAAAAGUUCCUUGCUGUGUAGACUCCUGCUCCUCUAGCCUUACUUUUAGCCUUCUCAGUUACCCAAAUGUUCACUGCGGCAGUGUGCGCUCUCUCCGCUUCACCGUGGCGAGCUGUGGCUUAAAAAAGGACUUCCAGACGACACAGAAAGAAGAGAAAAGAGUUACAGAAUCGGAGCACACGCAGAAGUUGUGAGAGUUUCUGGGGGGACGCAGUUUGGGGAGUUUUUACGCAGUGCGCAGGAUGCAGGCACGCUACUCCGUCUCCAGCCCCAACUCUAUGGGAGUUGUACCGUAUAUCAGCAGCGACCAGAGCUACUACCGGGCCGGCGGUGGAUACACCGGGAUGCCCGCGCCAAUGAGCAUGUACUCCCAUGCGGCUCAUGACCAGUACCCGGCCAGCAUGGCCCGGGCGUAUGGGCCGUACACCCCUCAGCACCAGCCGAAGGACAUGGUCAAACCCCCCUACAGUUACAUCGCUCUCAUCACCAUGGCCAUCCAGAACUCACCAGAGAAAAAGAUCACCCUGAACGGGAUUUAUCAGUUUAUCAUGGAGAGGUUCCCCUUCUAUCGGGACAACAAGCAGGGCUGGCAGAACAGCAUCAGGCACAAUCUGUCUCUCAACGAGUGCUUUGUCAAAGUGCCCCGGGACGAUAAGAAGCCCGGUAAGGGCAGCUACUGGACUCUUGACCCGGACUCUUACAACAUGUUUGAGAACGGCAGCUUCCUACGGCGCAGGAGGAGGUUCAAAAAGAAGGACGUGCAGAAGGACAAGGAUGACAGGCAGGGCAAGGAUCCGUCAGCCCGCACCCCGGGCAGUGAGCAGGACCCGUCGGGGCAGGGCUCUCAGCCGGUGCGAAUCCAGGAUAUAAAGACGGAGAACGGGACCUCAACGCCGCCGCAGGCCGCGUCCCCGGCCCUGAGCACCGUACCCAAGAUCGAGAGCCCCGACAGCAGCAGCAGCAUGUCAACAGGCAGCCCCCACAGCGUGCCCUCCACCCGGUCACUUAGCAUGGAUGGACCCGAGCACCACCAACACCACGGCCAGGCCCAGGUGCAGGGCUUCAGCGUGGAUAACAUCAUGACCACCCUGCGGGGGUCUCCGCAGGCCGAGCUCUCCCCGCCACUCAUCGCCUCCUCUCGGACAGGUAUCAACCCUUCACUGUCGCUCAACUAUUCCCCCAACCAGACAUCCGCGUACAGCUCAACGGCCUGCAACCAGAACGCCAUCUCCUCCAACUCCAACUCGACCUAUCACUGCAACAUGCAAGCCAUGAGCCUGUACGCAGGGGACAGAUCAUCCGGUGGCCACCUGGCGCCGUCUGCCACUGUGGAGGAGGCUCUGCCCGACUAUUGCAUCACCACGACCACCGCGACCCCGCUCGGACACGGAAACCUGAGUCAGGCAGGCCAGGACGGCCACCACGCGCACCAGGGACGGCUCACGUCCUGGUACGGGGACCUGAGCCACUUGAGCCCGGGUUACCCGACGCAGCAGCAGAACUUCCACUCUGUGCGGGAGAUGUUCGAGUCCCAGCGGAUCGGGCUGAACGGCUCCCCGGUCAACGGGAAUAAUAGCUGUCAGAUGGCUUUCCCGUCCGGCCAGUCCAUCUACCGCACCUCAGGAGCUUUUGUUUAUGACUGCAGCAAGUUCUGAAAGCCAAAGUGUGUCAUUUAAAUUAAUAACUCUAAUAUAUGUUUUAUAUUUUUUGUACUUUUACUCACACUCCGAAUGGACAUAAGAGAUUCAGAGACUUUUUCUAUCGAGGCGUGUGUAACACCGAAAACACGUAAGUUUUCUUCCCUCUCAAUUUGAGAAUUGUUUAUAAAGAAGGCUCGACUACCAGCUUCUAUGACCAUAGACUGUAAAUUAUAACCUAAUAUAGUAAUUUAUUUUUUAGGAAAAGGGAGUGGUUGGAUAUUGAGGACCAAACACUUUUAAGUUUUCCAGUUUUCUUAUUGCUGCCUUUAUUUGUCCCAGUUCUUGUAUAGAAAUAGAGGGGGGACUUUGUAGUCUAUACUGACUUAGCCUAUUUUAUUCAUUUUGUCUUAUUUGUUUAAAAAAAACUAUUUUGAAGGCAUUACAUUUUGUUUGUUUAAUAAAGUGCCGUCUAUUUGACCUUAA